AUGGCCUCCAGGGGUGCCAGGCACCCACGAGCGCUCCAUGGUGACGCUGCCUUGAGUGCCACUGUUGACUACCUCUUCAAGGGCCUCUUCGCCAGCAGCCUCUUGAAAAAGCACGUUUCGGAGUCCAUUUCUGCAGCUGUCAAGGAGGAGCUGCGACAGUUCCUAAGCAAUGCCUUCGCUGGUUCCUUUCCAGAUAUCCGAAUAGGUCGUGACCUCCUCCAGGAUUCCACCUUCCUCGGUUUCGAGGAGGUGCUUCUAGCCGGGAUCGAAGAGAAGGGCCUGGGGGGCAGCGACGCUCUCGUGCAGGCAGUUAGAUUUCUCCUGCCCGCGUUCGAAGACGAUGAGCGCAUCAAGGCCCUUCUUUCAGAGAUCGACGAUGCAGCAGGGCACAGCUUCGUGGACUCUCACAACGAAGAAGCCGAAGAAGAUGGGGAGGACCGAGUCCAGUUUGCGACCACAUCCUUCGCCUCCAACGGUUCGGACGACAGGUUUGAGGUGGAUGCCGACGAGGUGGUGACAGACAGCUUGGUCCCUCUGAUCUUGCUGGAGGCACAGAUCGUGGAAGUCAACGAGUGCUGGCAGGGUUUCAUGGACUGCUACGUAAAGCCGGAGCAUGCCGGUGAGGCAAUCUUCGCAGCAAUACUGGAUGCCGCUCCAAGUUUACAGACGUUUUUCCGCGGCGGUACUGCUCUUCUGGCCGGGAAGUUUGUGGCUGGAUACAGCCAGAUGGUACACAAUCUACGGAAUCCCGAUGGAUUGAUGGGUGUGGUGGAGCACCUUGGUUUUCAGCAUCUGGACGUGGACAUCAACAUCCCUCGCAUUGCCAUUUUCAGGGAGGCUAUGUGCGAUGCGGUGAGCGCGGAGCUGGGGGAGAAGCUCACGGAUCUCGGUGCCUACGGGCUGCGACGGCUCGUGAGCUACGCUGGCGGAGCAUUGAUCUACAUCCGCGAGAACUAUUCUAAGCGCUUGAAGAUCAUCAGCAACAGCUGGAAGCUUGCAAAUGCCGCCGCCAACCAAGAGGAAGCACCACAGGUGGGAGACCUCGAGGACUCCUUGUCGGCCCCUGCAGAGACCAAAGCGGUUGAAGUGGAGGACGAUGACGAGGAGGAGCAAGAAGGCGAGCUCGCGAUCGCUGGCAAAUCUGCAGCUGCAAGUGCCAGUGCCCCGAGCAAGAAGGGCUUCUUUGCUUCGCUAUGUGGUACAAGGAGGCAGGUGGGCACAAAGAUGACCGCCGACAAGUUGGAUCGAAAGCAGACGCUGCAGGAUAAUCUGCAGGCCGUCCCUCGGACCUUCGACCAGAUGUUCCGCUUUAAUAUGGCCGUCAUGAACGUGCAGACGCAGGAAUGGAUGUACGAGGUGCUGGACUCCUUCGACUCCAUCGUGAACAGCAUCGCCCAGUCUCAGAGAUUGCAGGUAGAAUGCGACGUCGUCACGCUUCGCAUUGCAAAAGCCAGUGGCGACGUCAAGUUCAAGAACUUCAGGGCCGUGAUGCUCUCAUCCCUUCGUGCCUUAUCUCCGAAGGAUUGGAGCCCCGACCACGAGGUGGCCUGGAACUGGCUUUGGGAAACGGUGGAGCGGCUUCUCAGCAAGGAGCUCAAGAAGCCCCGCGCUCGCGAGCGCAUCCUGGGCAGAUUCCUAGGAUCUCUGGAAGACGAACUACGCCAAGAGAUCCGGGAAAAAGUGUUUGAUCGUUUCUUCGAGUUGGCCCCUGGUGGAGAAGAGCACUUCAAACAAUCUUCCACAAGAUUGAACUUCAUCGCGGACAAGGCCAUCGAGCUCACGCUGGAGCUGUACAAGGAGCCCAUCAAGACUGUGGAUGCAAUCUCUGCCCUGGGCUUGCGACACGUGGGCUACGGAAUCACGACGGACUUCUUCGAUCCUUUCGUUGAAGGCUGGACACAGGUCUUCCAAGAGCUGACGGGCGACGACGAUCUGGCAGACGCCUUUCGGUGGUCGUUUAGCCUAGUUGCCAAGCUCCUGAUGAGGACCGUCGAGCAGGGUGCGACUCUUGUCAUGAAGGCCAUCAACACAGACAAUGCCAAGCAGGUAAGGCGUGCACUGUCCUAUGCUCCGCGUGCGAAACGAGCGAUGUGGAUUCUGGAUGUCACGGUCGGCACCCAAUCCGUUUCUCCUCUCUACAUGUCCAUAGAUACGGGCAACCUGGAGGCCGCUAAGGUGAUGCUGCAGGAUCUUGUCACAAUCCGUGCGGAUCGUUCCAGGUACUAUUACUGUCUGGACGAUCUGUUCAAGUGGCAUCCUGAUAUCGUGUGGAAGCUCACCGUCGAUGCGCCGGAGCUCCUCACGACGAUGCUGGACGGCAUGAUUUGGAGGUCUCGAGUUGUCGUCAAUGGCAACAGACGCGUGAACUACUACCUGAAGCACCUGUUGGUAGAUGAACACGGGAAGUUCUCCAAUGCGAUGAGCUGCAUCGUGAAGCUGCAAGAUCCAGAGAUUGCGAUUCAUCCAAUCCUCGUUCAGCUAGGUGAUCUCGUUUGGAACGACCUGGUGUACUGGCGGUUUCUUCGAGGGAAGCUGUCCCUCGUCUGCACUGCCACGAUCUUCAUGGUCAGCCAGUCCAUGCUCCAAUAUCUGGAGAGUGCAGGCUCCUUCGAGGAGAGGGUCGCCACCUUUGUCUGCAGGCUGAUCGUGUACUUGUUCUACAUGGUCUCGUUGAUCUAUUACCGGACCAAGCAUGUCUACCAGGCGGUGAAACGUGGAGAGUUCUUCGAGAUCGCCGGUAUCCGAGUGCCGAGGAAAUGGACGGAGGACUGGCAGGAGGCUGUCAGCCUGUCGUUGACCUUGGCCCUGGUCGUGAUGUUCUUUGUCGAGCCCAUUUUGUCGUGCUUGCAGCACACAGAGGGCCUUGGUAUCUUCACGCAGCGCUGCCAACAGGCAAACGACACCCGAGAGACGUAUGAGAUCCUCUCCAUGAUCGCCAUCAUGCUGAUCUUCACGCUGGCUGCGGAUACCGCAACGGUCUCCACCAGGCUCUCCUCUUGGCUUCUUGUGGCCGGCCAUGUCCUGCCCGAUCUGGGUCUAGCGCUUCUCGCCUGCGGCUUCCUGGUGCUGACUUUUGGCAGCAGCGUGGCAGCAUCCCUCGGCAACCCAGAGGAUUUUCAGGGCAUCGGAAGCUGCCUGAUGGCCUUCCUGGAGUUGGCGAUCAACAUGUUUCCAGCUUCGCAUCUGGAGCAGCUGGAGGAGAGCUUCAUUCUUCUUGCAGCAGCGAGCUGCUUUCGAGUCUUGGUAGUCUUUCUGCUAAUGAACGUCCUCAUCGCGCAGCUCACCUGUUGCUACAAGCAGCUCUCCGUGAGCAUGGUGGGCCAUGCACGCCUGCGUCGCAUGCAAAAGGUAAGCGAGGCCAUGGAGGGAAUCCCUUCCGCGACCUUCCAACGUUUCAUCGAGAAUUUGCAGUUGGAUGAUCCGGUGGAAUUCGGGGAGGGGGACGUUGGUCCGGCGGGGGGCAUCCAGGUCCUCGAGCCUGGGAACCUCCAUCCCACGAACGUCGACACGAUCCGGCGAAUGGGCGGGAAUCCCAAAAAUCCUUUUCCACCCGAAGACGAGGAUCUCACAGAGGCUGAAAGGUGCCAGCGCCUCUUUAAGAUGUAUCAGAAGGCUGUGAAGAAGAUCACGAGCCAGGGACACUCCAGCGAUGACAAGCCCUCUGCGCCCAAGGCAAUAACGAGCCGAACGACCUUCGGAAUGACGCCCGAGGAGGCGAAAGACGGCAGUGAAUAA